AUGGGAGCAAAACGAAACCUCAUCGGCGGAGACGAGAAGAAGAACAAGGAAGUAGGCUGCAUCCCAAACCGCAAUCAGAUUCCAUGGCUGAUUCUCCUCCCGGAAACAAACAACAACAACAACAGCAACAACAACAACAGUUGUGUGUUGUUCGUUCCGGAGGAUAAAGACAGAGUCUACAAAACCAGAGAUCUCGGUUUUGAAUUUUCCAAGAGUCGUUGUCUGAUGACUUGUGGCAGCUGGCUUCUGAUGUCCAGUCCUAAGAGAGAUCUAUACAUGAUAAAUCCUUUAACGAGUGAGAGGAUCGAUCUACCAAACACUGACAAACUCAAAGCAAGUUUGGAAUUCGAAGGUGCUUGUUUUUGGAUAGACAACGAAACUAAAGAUUACAUAGUUAUCUGGAAGAUGGCCAUGUCUACUAUGUUUAUCAAGAAAGGAGAUGAUAACACGUGGCACGAGUUUCCUCUCUAUAGCUGGAGAGAAGACAUGAUCUUAAACCACAAGAAUCAGAAGCUCUACCUCUAUCAUCAUAAGAACCCUAUCAACAUUUGGGAUUUCUCUGGAGAUAAACCGGUCGAAGAAGAUGAUGGGUCGUAUCUUGGUUCUUUCUGGUUCAACCACUAUGAUUUUCCUUCUUAUGUUGACGAAGGAGAUGAAAAUGAAGAAGAGCUCUACUGGCAAAAGUUGAUGCACCACACCACACGCAUUGCGGUUACGGUCUCUGGGCAUGUUUUGAUGGUUGCGUCUAUACUGUUUAGCUGCAAAACGUGGCAUUUCCGAGUCUACAAGAGAGACCUCGCUCAGUGCCGCUGGGUGAAAAUAGAUUCUUUGGGGGAUCAUGCAUUGAUCUACGACAUGGGUAUCACUGUUGUCGCUAAAGACAUCCCAGGGAUCAAGAGAAACUCAAUCUAUUUCAGUGGCAGAGGUGAUGAUCCUGAUCAAAUCUUUGUCUAUGAUCUCUCCACCCAAAAGAUGGAAACUUUGCCAAAACAUGUCUUCUCCUCCAUACGUUUCUCUCAUGCUCGAUGGUUUUUGCCGUGCUAG